AUGUCUGCCGGUGGUGGCACUCCUCGUGAGGAUGUUCGAGACAUUUUCAGGGCCAUCCGAAGAGGAAACCUGGCCGAGGUGAAGCGAUUCCUCGACGAAGGUGGGAACGUGGAAACAGUCGGGGGGCGGUUUCACUCCACUCUACUGACUGAGGCCUGCCGCUUCCGCGCCACCAAGGUGAUCGACUUGCUUCUCGAGCGGGGCGCCGCCGCCAACGUCUCCGGCGGAGGCUUUUGGACGCCGCUCCACUACGCCUGCAACGGGCCUUGCCGCGGUACCGCCGCAGCUGCUGCGGCGGCUAAGUUAGUUACGACGCUGGUCGCAAACCACGGGGAGGUCGACGCCACGGAUUUUUACGGGCGGACUCCGUUGCAUCUCGCCUGCUCGAAAGGUUCCGCCGCCGUCGCGCUCGCUCUGUUGGAGGCAGGCGCCGAGCCGAACGUGGGGGAUGACGAUGGCCGAACACCCGUUCAUCACGCAGCCUCGAACGGCCGGCGGGACGUGAUCACCGUUUUGCUAGGCUUCGGCGGCGACGUGUCGGUGGUAGAUCGAGAGUUGGACACCCCCCUUCAUCGAGCUACGCGGGAGAGACAGAGCCUCGCGAUGAGUCUGCUGGAGAGCGCCGGGGCUGAUCCGGGGGCGAAAAAUUGCUGGGGGGAACUUGCGGGCACGCUUGCACCAGACUACAAGAUGAACCCGGUGGUUCACGAUGAGGAGCAUCAAGACGCAGACACGGGGCCGUGUAUAGCUUGCUCAGCCACGAAGGGUCGUCACUACUACUUCUGCAGGAGCGAAAUCUUGCAGGAAUUGCCGGAUAGCAUGGUACUCGGCCCGGACGGAAAGCCUAGAGUCGAGGCAGUAUGA